AUGCCAGUCCUCUCAGAACGCUUCUCAAUGUCGGCGACCUCGCAGUAUUACAGCUACUUGGACGACAUCGACAGAGUUAGGAGUUUCUUCCAGCAGAAGUUCUGCAAAAACGAUGGAAAUAGCUAUUGUUUGGAUGCGAUUGAUGGCUUUGCUCAAUCAGAUUAUUUCGAUGUGGACUACGAUACUAUCUCGAGAAGCGUUGUUCUGACCGCCGAAUCAUCCAAUGCAGGAUCCACCAACGAAGGCUGGACUGAGACAAUCAGGCUGCCAAGUAAAGAAGCGACUGUAGAGAUUGGGGUAUUGAGUUUGGAGGGAAAUGCCGAUCCCGAAGAUGUGCAGUUUGGAGGUUUCUUGACAGUGCUAGGGCAAGACGAUAAACCGAAGCCCACGCGCUUCCAAACCCCAACCCGACACUACCCUCUCCUCCAAGCCUCCAAGAACCCAACCGCCCCACCCAAACUCCACCCCCUAACCUACAGCACCUCCUUCAAACAACCAACCGGCCUCCACCCAACCCUCACCCUAACCUUCCCAGCACACCACCUCACCCCACCCGACCGCUCCUGCAAAUUACACACCCACCUAACCCUCCCCUCCUACCUCUUCAUCGACAAGUACCAAUUCUCCGACGCCCUGUUCCUCGCAGACAAGAACCUAAAGCGCCUCCGCAGUCUAGCCGGCGCCACCGAUCUCGAAGCCCCAGACUGGGUUGUGCCAGCUUGGGGCUCCGCAGCACUCUUUGAACUCGCCACACCUAAACCGGAGAAGAUUGAAUAUCCCAAGGUCAGUCUGGGGGAUGGGGAGGAGAGCGUGUGGGAGGACUUGCCGACGCAUCGUGAGGUGCCGGAGGGGGAUUGGAAUGUCAGCAUACCGUUGCAUCUGCGGUAUAUGCCUGCUCAGGCGGCGUCUCAUGCUAGGCUACCUGUCCCUUGGCCUGUUGUGUUCUGGGCUUGCCGUGCGGAUUCGGGCGCACAGCAUACUACCAAUCCGUUUGAUCGCUUGCAUUUGGGGUAUGAGGGCUUGUUUGGACCCAAGACUAGGUUCAUGCAUGUCGAGCCAAAGGCGUGGAAUCAGACAGACUCGGGUGGACUGGUGGAGUGGAUCAAUGUGCCGGUGCUUGACACGAGGAUGGCUGGGUGGGUUGAGGGAGGGACGGUUGGUGUGGUCUUGUUCGCGUUUGUGGGGCUGUGCUGGAUGUUAUUUAGGAACAUUGGGAAGGGGGAUGUUGAGGAUGAGAAGAAGAAGCAGUAG